AUGAAUCUUCAUACUAAAAAUAAGCUACUUACCACCUUCUUCAUGUGUGGCAGCAGUCCAGCUGGAAAAGUCAAGUCAGAAUGGGUACUGUGUGACAUGGGUUUCAGAGGAGGAAGAUGGACAGUGCUUCAGAGAAGUCUAGAUGGAACAACUGACUUCCGAAAGCUGUAGUGUGAUUACCUGGAUGGAUUUGGAGAUCUUACAGGAGAGUUUUGGUUAGGAUUGAAAACAAUUUUUUACAUAGUAAACCAGAAAGAUUCUAGUUUUUUGCUUCAUGUGGCCCUGAAAUCUGAAGAUGGCACUCUUGGUUAUGCUUCAUAUGAUAAUUUUUGGCUAGAGGAUAAAACAAAAUUUUUUAAAAUACACUUAGGACAAUAUUCAGAAAAUAUGGGUAAUGAUGCAUUCUGGGGCUUCAGAGAUGAUGAUAAUCAGAACUUGAUGCCUUUCAGCACCUCAGAUGUUGAUAAUGAUGGGGGGUGCUGCCUUGUUUGCCUGCUUAAUAGUCUGUCAGUGAAGAGCUACAGUCACUUGCAUAAAGAUACUGGCUGGUGGUUCAGCCAAUGUGGUCUCACAAACCUAAAUGUUAUCUAUCCCAUUCCUGGCAAACUGGUUGCAACUGGAAUUCAGUGAGGCACAUGGACCAAAAACAGCUCAGUUGUCAAGAUUAAAUCUGUUUUAAUGAAAAUUAGAAGAACUUACAAUCCAAAUUUUAAGUAA